GGAUGGACAACUUAAUGUAGACUGUGCUGAGGAUGGACAACUUAAUGUAGACUGCGCUGGAUGGACAACUUCAUGUAGACUGUGCUGAGGAUGGUCAACUUAAUGUAGACUGUGCGAGGAUGGACAACUUAAUGUAGACUGUGCUGAGGAUGGACAACCUUAAUGUAGACUGCGCUGAGGAUGGUCAACUUAAUGUAGACUCGCUGAGGAUGGUCAACUUAAUGUAGACUGUGCUGAGGAUGGACAACUUAAUGUAGACUGUGCUGAGGAUGACUAUUUAAUGUAGACUGUGCUGAGGAUGGACAACUUAAUGUAGACUGUGCUGAGGAUGAGACGUCCGCCUCUGGAUCCUUUGCAGAUGAGGAAUCGUGCGAGUCUUGUUCUGAAGGAGCCACGGCUUACGAAGUUGAGUUUUAUGACGCUUUUGUAGCGGGAGACAAUGCUAUUGAGGCUGCGGCCUACGAGCCCUUUGUUGAGGAAGAGGAACUUUGCGUUGCUGAAAAUGAAGCUGGUGACGCUCAGGCCAAUGGUCCCUUAGUUGAUGAGGACAACAAGUACGACGAACACAGUGCAGAGGAAGCAUCUCAUGGAUCCUCUUCUGACGUAUCUUCUGUUGAAGAUGAUGAAGCAUAUGAUGGCCAAAAUGAUCAAACUUAUGAACCGUGCUUUGAAGAAGAGAAAACUUGUGAUGAAGAAUACCAGACAAUAUGCGUCGCAGAAGACGAAUUAUACAAACAAUAUGCUGAAGACAAAGCUUAUGGAUCCUAUGGGCCGUGUGAUAAAGAUUUCGAUGCAUAUGGCAGUGAACAUCCGCAAUUCUCUACCGAAGGGGAAGAUAAUGCACUAUGCACUGAGGCCUGUGAACCAAGUGCUGAAGAGCACCAUGAAUAUCAAAGUGAAGCCAAUGAAUCUAAUGUUACUCAAGAAGUUAAUGGAUUCUGUACUGAAGAAGACUCUCAUGAUCAGUGUAAUGAAGAAUUGGAUUAUGACAGCACUCCUGAGACACAUUUUAAAGAUGGAGUCUGCACUGAAGAGGGAAAGAAUGAUGGUCCAUGUGCUGAGGGGAAUGAAUCCCCUGAAUCAUUUGAGGUUAUAACCAAAGACACUGCAUUAUGCACUGAAGGAAGCAAACCUGCUAUGCCUGAUGGUAUUGAAUUCAAUGGGGAUCAAACUGAUUCCUCCACAACCUCUUCCGAAGAGAUAGAUGAGCAAAACAAGUCAUAUGAGAUAUGUGAGCAACUAAACACACCAUAUCUGUAUCAGAACUGGGAGGAACACAAUGGCGUCUCAGAGCAUCUCCAACGCCCAGAGUCAGAGGACCUUUCAGAGCAGGUGUCUGAGAAAACAAGCCUCCCUCUUGAUGGUGCUGAACAUAGUAAAGACUCCAUAGACCGCGAGCCACUUGCACAUCACGCCGAACCAACAGAGCCCUCUGAACAAAGUGAGCUGGAUGAGAAAAUGCAGUUGCAUGAAUUCUUUAAGAUUGUGGCCUCUGAACAACUAAGUGAGGAGUCUGAGGAGGAGCUGAGUGACGAUGAGUCCUUUGAGUCCUGUGAAUGCGAGUACUGCGUCCCGCCUAGAGAACAGGUCCCGGCAAAACCUCUGCUACCUCAACUCAAGUCACAAGACUCAGGGAAGAUCUGUGUGGUGAUUGAUUUGGAUGAAACAUUAGUGCACAGUUCAUUCAAGCCUGUGAACAAUGCUGAUUUUAUCAUUCCAGUGGAAAUUGAUGGAACAGUUCACCAGGUGUACGUGUUGAAGCGACCCAAUGUGGAUGAGUAUCUCAAAAGAAUGGGGGAGUUGUUUGAGUGUGUUCUGUUCACUGCCAGUUUAUCCAAGUAUGCCGAUCCAGUCUCCGACCUGCUGGAUAAAUGGGGUGCCUUCCAACACCGUCUCUUCCGGGAGUCCUGCGUGUUCCACCAAGGAAACUAUGUUAAAGACCUGAGUCGGCUGGGCAGGGACCUCAACCAAGUCAUCAUUGUAGACAACUCCCCAGCCUCCUACAUCUUCCACCCUGAUAAUGCUGUCCCCGUAACAUCCUGGUUCGACGACAUGGCCGACACAGAGCUACUAGAUCUCAUCCCGUUCUUCGAGAGACUAAGCAAAGUGGAAGAUGUCUACGAUAUUCUCAAGCAGCAGAGGAAUGCAAGCUAGUACGUGAUAAGACACUGGCGGCAACUUUUCACCACAUGGGGGCCAUAGAGGAAGCUGGUGUGCAACAGGCUUCAAGUUUCUUCCCACUAGAAGGACCUGCUAGUGUCUCUCAGUCAUUGUCAUCCUCCUAAUUCCAUUCACACAAAAC